AAUCGCGCAGACUUCAGUUCUGCCUCUUCUCGAUCGUUGCCCAGACGUCUAACUUUAGUCUUACUAAUUAAUCGAUACGUCACUGAUUUUCCGUUUUGCUGGACUUUUGAAAAUAUCAAACACACAAUGUCGUUCUUCACGGUGAUAUCGUUGUUGUCGACGAUCAGCAUGAUUUCGGGGCAAUGCUUAACAGGAGAUGAUGUCCCCACAAUGAUGGACUCAAUGUCAAGGAUGUCGUUAACGAACGCUCGCUUUAACUUCGCGCUCGAUAGUCUGAAAAAGACCGCGUUGAUCGAGUCGAAGGACAAUAUCUUCUUCAGUCCGCACAGUAUACACCAGGCCUUGAGCUUGGCAUACUUUGGUGCUCGUGGUACCACUGAGGACUCCCUCAAGCGGGCCCUUCAAAUUCCGGAUGAGCUCUCAAAAAUCGAAGUGCAACGUUUCUACGCCAUUGAGAAAUCGCUCGAUCAAAUGCGUUCUCAGGGAAAUGGGUCUACAAAUUCCUACGAUUACAAGAUCGCUAAUAGAUUUUGGAUUACGAACACCAAAAAGCUACGCGAUUGUAUGCUCGAUUUCUUCGGCGAUCAGUUGCAAGUAACCGAUUUCAGAACAAAUCCUGUCGAAGUAAGAAACGAAAUCAAUAACUGGGUGAGUAAUAUGACAAAAGGUCACAUCCGUGAUAUCCUGCCAACGAACAGCAUUACCGCGGAUACUGACCUAGUUCUGGCAAACGCAGUCUACUUUAAGGGCCUGUGGGCCAGUCGUUUCGACGUAAAGAACUCAAAACGCGACAUCUUCUAUACUACCGGCGCGCAAAACUCUGUCACAAUGUUCAUGCGCCAGAAAGGGAACUUUAAUCAUGCUGUCUCUGAGCAACUAGGCGCAUAUAUCUUGGAAUUACCGUACAAGGGUGACGAGAUAUCGAUGUUCGUGCUGCUCCCUCCGUUCUCCACUACGCGAUCUGCUCAAAAUCCUUCUAACGAGCCACAGGACGGUAUCCAUCAACUGGUGCAACGUCUGGCGACCGAGAAGGGCUCCCAGGAGUUACGGGAAUUGUUGGACGACGGAUUACCACCGCGCGAAGUCGAAGUCAGCUUACCACGUUUCGAGCUAGAACGAGAGCUACCAAUCAGUCAAUUGUUGCAUGCUCUGGGCGCCGGGGAAUUGUUGACACCCGGUGCGGCCGAUCUUCGUGGUUUUCUCGCGGAUGGUGAACAGAGCCUGCACCUCGGUGAUGCUGUGCAUCGAGCUCGCAUCGAGGUUACGGAGGAAGGCACUACCGCGGCUGCGGCAACUGCGAUUUUCACUUUCCGCUCCAGUCGACCCACCGAGCCUGCCAUCUUCAACGCCAAUCACCCAUUCGUCUACUUGAUCUACAACAAGGCUGAUCACAUCAUUCUUUUCAUCGGCGUUUUCCGCUCACCUCAACCGACGUAUUCUUAAACUCCUGGUGGUAUUUGAACAGAUUGUGCCGUUUAAGAGAAACUUGUCCUUGGAAAGAUGGUUCAGUGGAGUCUAAUGACGUGACAAGGAUUGACAUUUGUCUUUCCACUUUUCCUUAUUGCUAAUCAGAAAAUACCAUCUUUGAUAGGAUCUAUUUCUUAUGUGGCGCUGAGCGGUUUUUGUUGAUGAUCGGAGAUAGCUAGUUCUUUGAAUCUUGUGAAGUUGAUGUCGUUGAUUGUCAAGUAUGAAUUUUUGAAGAAUCGAAAAAAGAACCUUGCAAUUUCCGGCGAUUUUUUUAGAUGAGUCUGUUGCAUGAAUCUCAUUAAUUUAUUUUCGUAUUUAGAUUUUAUACUUUU